CGCGAUUGUGAUUCGUCUGCUGUGCGUGGGGGAGGUGCUCAAGCGUCUUUCUCUACUUCUACUUUCCAUUCUUAAUUACAGGCUUGUUAGUGGGGGUUACAUCAUGCCUUUUCAAGGGGUUUCUUGUAGGAUCCUUAUUUUCUCAAACUGUGAGCCUCUUUGUCAUAUGUUGCCCACAAACAACGUGACGACAUUUUCCUCUGCUAGUUAAUUCGGGAUAUUCGGGCUCUUCUGGCUGUAGUUGAGUCUUGCAAGAUUUAAAAAGUUCCGAAACAAUGGGUGUCUCCAGCGGAUUGGUUGGUUGGCAAGGCUCGUGAUCGAGAGUUUCUUUUUUUGUCUUUUUAGAUUGUGGUCUGCUUUUAUUAUCUUUCUUUGUUCUCAUUGUAAUAAAAAAAUAGGGUUUUUCUAUACAGUGCCCCUGAGGUAUUGACUUUUCCAAGCUGUGCCCACCCAUUUUCAAAAUUCCACCCUGUACCCCUAAGGUCUCUUUAGUGACUACGAUGUAAACCUACCCUAAUCCCUCCAUUAACUUAAGUUAACUUUCCGUUAACUUCAAAAUAAAGAAAUUAAAAAAAAAACAAAAAAAAAACCAAACACCUCUCUCUCCUCCAUCACAACCACCCACCACUACACCUUCAACUACACCAUUACCCCACCUCUCUCUGCUCCCUCACAACCACCCACCACUACACCUCCAACCGCAGUCCCCAUUUCCGGCCACUCUCUCCCCCUUCGCCCUGACCGCCCUUUUCCGGCCACUCCUUCCUCUCUCUUUCAACCGUUCCGGCCAGCCCUCCCCCCAGCCACGCAUCAUCCUACAAAAAUAUAAAUUCCAAAUCAAAGUCGAGAAUUUUAAAUCAAAUAAUCCAUCUAGUACAAAUCAAAACUCGGAAUUCCUAAUCUCAUGGUAUAAUCGAUUGAAUUUGGACGAGGGUUUUCGAUGGUUUUGGGUGAAAUUCGUCCCAAAAAUCGAGAUGAUUUCAUGAAAUUCGAGCUUAAGAAAACCGAUUCCAGCAUCGCCAAUGCACUUCGCCGCGCUAUGAUCGCCGAGAAAGUUCCCACUGUCGCCGUCGAUCUUGUCAAAAUCGAAGUGAAUUCCUUCGUUCUUAGCGACGAGUUCAUUGCUCACCGACUCGGCCUCAUAGGUGGUGGGUCGAGGAGAGAGGAGCACAGCUCGGUGGUGCGGCUGGGGGUGCGGCGGUGGUGCGGUUGGAGGUGUAGUGUAGUGGUGGGUGGUUGUGACGGAGGAGAUAGAGGUGUUUGGUUUUUUUUUUUGUUUAUUUUAUUUUCUUUCAUUUGAAGUUAUCGGAGGGAUUAGGUUAAGGUUACAUCGUAGACACUAAAGAGAUAGGAAUACAGUGUGAAAUUUUGAAAAUGGGUGGACGCGGUUUGGAAAAGUCAAUACCUUAUGCCACUGUAUAGAAAAACCCAAAAAAACAAAUAAAUAAAAUUAAAUAAAUAAAUAAAUAAAUAAAAAAUCUCAAAACAAGUUUAACCUUUAGUGAAUACUAAAGAGUUAUUCUAAAAAAUCUGAAAGAGUUUAAUAGAAAAGUUGAACCAAGUAUGUCAGUAGUCCAGUCCUAUAGCUCGCUUUUCCACCUCUUGCACGUGAUACUCUGUCACACCCAGUACCACCCUACCAUUACUCUCUUCCCUCCUUUCAACAUUCAUUAGCUCUCUUUUCAUCCCUUUUGUCAUUUCAUUUCCAUUUUACAAUGUUUUUUCCUCUCUAAUCUUGUUCACAAUUAUGUUGUCCAAAUCAUUCUUCUUAGUUUUCUUCUCUAUUUUUCCACUAUCUUUCGUUGAUUGCUCGCAUCUUCCAGCAGAUGCUCAAGCACUCUUAGACUUCAAAAGGGAAGCUGAUUUGCAUAAUCAGCUCGAGUUUAACACCACUUUUUCGCAUUGCAAAUGGCAAGUUGUUCAAUGUUAUAAAGACAGAGUUGUUCGACUCGUGAUUGAAGGGUAUAAUCUUGGCGGCAUAUUUUCAUCUGACUCACUAACUCGAUUAGACCAACUCCGAGUUCUCAGUCUACAGAACAACUCGCUUGUUGGACUAAUUCCAAAUCUUUCGAGUCUCACUAAUCUUAAGGCCUUAUUUCUUCACCACAAUCGUUUUUCUGGGUCUUUUCCGCCGUCUAUUGUGACGCUCCAUCGGAUUAGGACCAUUGAUUUGUCGUAUAACAAUCUCACCGGUGAGUUACCCACUUGGUUAGCUCGGUUAGACCGAUUGUACUACCUCCGCCUCGUGUUUAACCGGUUUUCGGGACCGAUUCCGGCACUAAAUCAGUCUACAUUGUCAGUUUUCAAUGUUUCAAGCAAUAAUCUCAAGGGUCCGAUUCCGGUGACACAUGAGUUAUCUAAAUUCAGUCCGUCUAGUUAUGAUCAUAACCCGGGUUUGUGCGGGAAGAUUCUGCACAAGCAAUGCAGUAGAAUUCAUUUUUUCGGCCCUGCUGCGGCUGACCCUGCAUCAUCUGCGUCGCCAAUGGAGGCGGCAGGAGGACUCGGGACGCAGAGCUCGCAACUUCGAGGGGUGGACUUAUCCAAACCGAGUCGAAAUAGUCAUACUAGUAAGGCUCUAAUAUGGGGGUUUAUUGUAGGAGUAACGGUACUUAUAGGAUCAGUCACAUGUUUUGCUCUAGCAGUAAGAAAGCAGAGGAAGGACCGUCGUAUUGAGAGAACGACAAUGGCAUCAGACUAUUCGGCGAAUGCGGAUGCAGCCGCGGUGAUGAGGACAGAGGAGGAGAUGGAGGAGAAAGUGAAGAGCGCGCAACAAGAAGGCAUGAUCAAGGUAGCAGCAGCAGCAGCGGCGGCAGUGGCGACAGUAGGGAAGAGUGGGAGUUUGGUGUUUUGUGCGGGUGAAACUGAGUUAUAUUCUUUAGAACAAUUGAUGAGAGGAUCAGCUGAGUUGUUAGGAAGAGGGACUAUUGGUACUACAUAUAAAGCAGUACUUGAUAAUCGUUUGAUUGUUUGUGUAAAGAGAUUGGAUUCGAGUCGAAUUGGGGGUGCAGGUAAAGAGGUGUUCCAGCAACACAUGGAAUCAGUAGGCGCGCUUAGACACCCUAAUUUGGUGCCCUUAAGGUGUUAUUUUGAAGCAAAAGAAGAGAGGUUGUUAGUGUAUGAUUAUCAGCCUAAUGGGAGCUUGUUUUCUCUCAUACAUGGUUCCAAGUCAGCAAGGGCAAAGCCUCUACAUUGGACUUCAUGCUUGAAGAUAGCGGAGGACAUAGCACAAGGACUUUCUUAUAUUCAUCAAGCUUGGAGAUUAGUUCAUGGCAACCUUAAAUCCUCUAAUGUCCUCCUUGGUUCUGACUUUGAGGCAUGUAUCACUGACUAUUGCUUGAGUGUGUUAGCCGAGUCAUCAUUAGCAGAGGAUGAUCCUAGCUUGUGGGCGUAUAAAGCACCAGAAUUCCGUAAGUCUGAUUCUGAAGCAACAUCUAAAUCAGAUGUAUAUGCUUUCGGAGUGUUGCUACUUGAGCUCUUGACAGGAAAACCACCAUCUGAGCAUCCAUAUCUUACUCCAAAUGACAUAGUACACUGGGUAAGAUCUGCAAGGGAUGUUGCAGAUGGCGGUAGUGAUGAGAAUAGGCUCGUGAUGCUUCUUGAAGUGGCCAUAGCUUGUAGUGUCGCCUCCCCAGAGCAGAGGCCUAACAUGUGGCAAGUUUUGAAAAUGUUGCAAGAAAUCAAAGAGGCCGCAUUGAUGGAAGAAGAUGACUUGCACACCGGUGAAUUGAUGCCCUAGGCUACUUAUAUUGAUCUACAUAUAGUAUUACUUUCAAGUACUGAAAUUAUGGAAGCCGUUUUCCUAUUUAUAGUUUCUCCACAAAAUUUGGAUGACAAAAAUGUGAAAUAGAGAGGAACACCAAAAAGUGUCAUUGGGAUUGCCAUCAAUAUCGACUACGACAGAACAAUUAUAGCUCUAAGCCUCUGAGCAUUUUGAUUCAGCAAAGCUACUCACUGAAACAAAGAAGCGUCGUGAAGCCAAAGCUUUACCCUUACACUUUUGAAGUAAUGGUGUGGGAAGUUGGAAGUAGAAAGCUAAUAUCCGAAUAAAAUUGCUGGAGCUCAAUUUGAAAUAAAGUGGUUAUUUGGUUAGGAAGCAUCACUAGUAUGCUUUGUUUCCAUUGAAAUGCCAUACUUUGGUUGAACACGGAAUUUUAUUUUUAUUGGAAUAGUUAUUUUUGGAGACACUAGGUUAGCAAUGUUUUUUUCCACUUUGAUUUAGGAAGAACUUAAUGUAUAUAUGUUAAUUAAAUGACCAUUAAAAAUAAUGGAAAUUUCACCAAAUGCCCCUGAGUUAUUUUUUUAUUCACCAAAUACCCAUCAAAACUUUCAAAUUCACUAAAUACUAAUGAGUUUAAGAAAAAUGUCAUCAAAUGCCCUUAAUGACUAACGGCGGUUAACACCGUUAGUCAUUAAUGACUAAUAUGGGCAACCUCUAAUUAGUUGUAAUUUUAGUUAAUUAAUUAUUAAAAAAACCAUUAAGAAUAAAAAAAUAAAAAAAAUAAAAAAAAAAUUUAAAAAAAAAAAACCCCACUACCCCUAAUGGCCGACCACCAGCCACCACCCCUCCCCCUGCGCCGGUGGUCCAUUUUCGCCAGCGAAGGCAGCCCCCCCACCCUCCGACACGCCCUCCCCCACCCCAGCCCCUUCUCCCUGCGUUCCCCCCCCCCCUUAAACCCCUCCCCCACCUCGAAAAACCCCAUCUCCCUUUAGGGCCGGCGCCCUAACCCCCUCCCCGGCGCUGGCGAACCACUUUCGCCCCACCCCCUUUACCCCCUA